CCUCCUGAAAUUAGGGGAAAAGGAUUUUAAAAAUACUUUUAAGUUAAGAGAAAAUCUUCAAAUCAUUUGCAGUCAAAGAAGUUCGAGCUAUUUUGGACACCGAACAAAAGUAGCAUACAGAAAUUGACUUCCAUAUUAAAAAAAAAUAUAAAAAAAUAUCGCAGUUUAAAACGCGUUGAGAGGGUGUCACUGGUGGCCUUAAUCUGUUGUCUCUGUAUCUUCGAUUUUAUUACAGUAGUGAGGAUCACGUGAGAACACUGUCAUGAACGGGCUGCGGUCAAAGCGUGAUCAGAUAUCAGAAGUGAGAUCAGUGCAGUCAGAGUCAACGAAGGAAGCCACGUUGGUGUCUAAUUGGAGUAUGGGCACCAAUAUUGCUAUAGUUGUUCUAGAUGAUGAUGAUGAGAACGAUGAUGAAGUUGUUGUUUCAUCUUCCAGGACAUUAGCUCCAGCAAGAAGUGCAUAUUCUCAACAAAGUGGUCGAGAUCCAGUUAUAAAUGAAGAAGAUGUGGAACUCCUACUUGGUUUUGCAGUCACUACUGGGACAAUAAAAACGUCAACAGAUUGCAAUCCACGUCGUAAACGCAGUAGAGUUCCUGUAAUAAACACAAUUGAUCUUUGUGAUGAAUCAGGAGAAGCUGAUCAAAGGUGUUCAAAGAAGGUGGAUGUCAGAUCUGAUGAACCAAAGGAACUCAAGCUCACCUGUGCAAUUUGCAUGUCUACAAUGGAUGAAGAGACAUCGACUAUUUGUGGACACAUUUUUUGCAAAAAGUGCAUCACAAAUGCUAUCCAAGUUCAGAAGAAAUGUCCAACCUGCAGGAAAAGACUUACAAUGAAAAAUAUCCACCGCAUCUACCUCUCUAGUAGCACUGUUUGACAUUCUUCAUUUUGAUGUCUGUAACUUUUGAUGGUUCCUUAAGGAUCCAGAUGAUAGUUUAUUUCUCUAUGAUGAACGAGGAAAUGGCAAAAGGUACGUUUGUUAUAUGUGCUUUCUAUUUGCACAUGUUGGAUCAUUUUAGAAGCGAAUUGCUAAAGCAUUGGGUCUUGUGGAUAUCUUUUAUGUUUCACAUCCUGUUUAAAUAGUUAUUCAUAUUUUUUUUUAUA